AUGGCCACGACCUUUGUCACACCAACCGCGACGUCUCGACCGACGACCACCACUACUACUACAGCCGGUCCUAGUACAACAACCACACCCGCUGCAGCGUCUCAACCACACCAACCACAAUUACAAACCUCGCCAUUUCUGAAUUUACCAGCCGAAACACGCCUCAACAUCUACAAAUACCUGAUCCCCGAUGAUGGUCUUGAGGUGUGCAUCUGCGACGAGGCCGCCACUCAACCAGCUGGAGCACCCUUCGCAUCCAGCAUGACCAGCAUGGCCGGCGCCAGCAGGACCAUGACGAGCUACCUGUCCCGCUUCUUCGCGCGAGAAGCUCUCAUCCGCGACAAUGGACUCAAUCUACUUCUCGUCUGCACGCACACCAAAGCCGAGAUCCUCCCGCUCCUCAACAGCCUGACGCUCCGGUUCCACUGCCUCAAGUGCCUCAACGAGCUCUUCAGCAACAUCUCGCACGGCCUCGGCGUGGGCAUCAACUGGAUCAAGCACAUCGAGAUUGUGGUCUCGCAGCGGCGUAACUACGACGACAUCAUGACGCAUUUUCUUCCCGCCAGAUACGACUCCGGCCACGACGACGACGUUUACGAGGGCGGCGGCGACGGUGGUGGCGCCAGGCGUCGCAUCACACCCGAGCUCAUCCGCGUCGUCGCCCGCGAACGCGCCUGGGAAAUCAUGGCCGAUGCCCAGCGCGUCAUAUGGCUCUACUGCGGCCGUCUGAACCUCAGCAACAGGGAGAAGUGGACGUGUGAGCAGGUCCGAGACACGACAUUCACAGAGAGCUCGGCCGCGAGUAGAAACGCCCUCCCGCAUGGAUGUCAUGUCCUGGGCAUUGCUGGUGAUGGGCCGAGAUAUGGUGGCGGCGGCAGCAGCAGCAGCAACAGCAGUCGUACUCCGAGUACUCACAACCCCGCCAACACUGCCAACGCCUACGCCAACCCACUUCGACCCCGGCCGAUCUGCGACAUUGCCGCAUUCAUGAGAACAAUGGCAACGACAACCCUGUCGUUCACUGAGCGUGAGUCUCGGCGACGGCAGCUACCAACGUGGGUUGGUAGAGAUCGUGACAAGAAAUGGUUGAUCAGUGGUUGGCUCGACAUGUAG